AUGCCACCACCAAUCCUGCCGCUGAUGUCACAGCGACGCGCGACUCGACCGCGCCCACUUCGACGUAAGGUUUUUGUGCGGUCGGCAAUCUCCGGCCUUGAGGCCGGGCUGGACGCAAUGAUAGCGUCCGGCCAAGCCACCCUCGCUGCUGGCGCAACGAGGCGCCCCGAAGCCGCUCAAGCGCGUCCUUCAACGGGAGCCGGUCAAGCGACCUUCGCAGCGAGUCCGCUGACGCCGUCACCGGCUCCAUCCAUGGAAUCGUUACCGUCCAUCGUCCGACCAGCAACGCCCAGGCGACGACUGAUGCCCACGACUGCCGCUACGCCUAUUCCUGCCGUACGCACGGCGACGCCUGCAACGGCGAAUCAUACCGCGCAAGCGCCUCACCCACGUCAGCCACGAUAUCCCGCCACGCAGCCAGGUAUACCCGUGGGGCGUUUCCCCUCGCCUCCUCAUAGAGGAGAACACAAAACCUCGGCACGAACACCAUCGAGUAUGCCGACCCUGUCGCCAGGCUCUCCGAUGGAGACCGCGACAAGCCCAACAUACGCGGCUACUACCGCGUCCAAAAAGACGCCGACGACGGGCGACGUCACCGCAUCCGCCGCCACCACCUCAGCCACUCCGACCACCAAAGCGACCAGUCGCUACCCACCGCUGAUUGUGGAGGUGCUUCCCGACUGGCCGACGCAUUUCCGGGAGCUCAAAAAGCUACUCGGCCACACACCUAACGGACGCCCGUUUGGCAAAGGCGUCCGCUUCAUCCCCAAGUCGGACCAGGAGUUCCGCCACAUCCAGCGCUACCUCACGCAGCUGGAAAGUGUCGCUGGAAUCUCCUGGUUCUGCUACUCGCUCCCCGCGUAG